AUGCAGUGGUGCCGGUGGGCUGGCAGUUGGAGGCCACGUUUGCCAACACAAUCUGCUGCACCAGAGGCUGAGGAUUCCUUUGACUUUCUUUUUAAAAUCAUCCUGGUUGGGGAUUCGGACGUUGGUAAGACCUGCCUGGUCCAGAGCUUCAAGUCCGGUAUAUUCAUCGAGAAGCAGCAGAACACCAUCGGGGUUGACUUCACAGUUCGUACUCUGGUUAUUAAUGGCAAGAAGGUGAAGAUGCAGGUGUGGGACACGGCUGGACAGGAGCGUUUCCGCACCAUAACGCAGAGCUACUACCGCAGUGCCCACGGAGCGAUGGUGGCAUACGACAUCAGCCGCCGCGGGACGUUUGAAUCCCUUUCUCACUGGAUCAGGGAGGUGGAGCAGUAUGGAGCUGCCAACGUGGUGGUGAUACUCGUGGGUAAUAAGUCGGACCUCCACACUCAGAGGCAGGUGCUGUUCGAGGAUGCAUGCACUCUGGCAGAAAAGAAUGCCCUUCUGGCUGCUUUAGAAACUUCUGCCAAGGAGUCCCAGAACAUAGAUGCUGCCUUCAUUCUCAUGGCCCAGGAACUGUUGGCGCGGAACGGUAUGACCAUCACAGACCAGACCUCUCCUCAGUUCACAUUGAGUGACAGCUGUCAGCCCAUUUAUGGCGCUGCGGCGACUUCGGAUAAAAAGUGUGAGUGCUGACCGACUGAGCCAGGACUAAGAACAGCUUAUGUGUGUUUUUAAGUUUGCUCACCAGAAAAAUAAGUUUUUAUAAU